AAAUAACACCGCUCCCUGUCCCAGUCGCAGCAAUCUGAUAAAUUUACAGCUGGGUUCCACUAAUUCCCCGAGAUGCACGAUCAAGCGCGUAAAAAGGGGCGGGGGUGAUGAUAUCGGAGGACUCAGCACGAAAGGAGGUCAAAUGCCAAUCUCCGGAAAGUCGUUGCUCGCGGCUCCCGAUCCAGAGUCCUUUUUCCGGGGGAAGAAAUCCGGUGAAGCGAUCGUCCGUUAACUCCGCAUACCUCCCUUACAAAAACCCUCAGCAGCCCUCCCCCCUCUCUCCACUCCUUCGCAAAAUCUGAUCGGAAAACCCCUUCGUUUCCUUGAUAUGUCGCUCUUCCAGUGGAAAUUUUCUUCUCUUGAUGGUUGAGGACGCGAUCUUUUUCUCGAUUCGCAGGCCUAAAGGUUUGUCCUUUGUGGCCGCAGAUGAAUUUUGGAGUUUUCAUAACGGAAAUAUUGUCUUCUAGGAUUUCAUCUCCGAGUGGAACGCAAACUAAUAGACGCAGCUUUCUGUUCGGAAUAAUAAUUUGAAGGUUUGUUGACCCAACUAGAGUGUAGAGGGGGGAGAACUAAGAAAGGGAGUAUUUUUGGUGUACUUGUGCUGCUAUGGAGUCACUGUGGAAGCUGACAUACUUGCUCGAACCUGCAUCUCUCGCCCUCGUAGUGACAGCAAUCUUCGUGACGUUUGCAUCAGCUUCCCGAGCUCUGGAUCAUGGCAAGGAGAUGGAGAGGAACCUAGACUUCUCGGAGGCAUCCAUCACGCUAGACCGGUCCCAAGCACUUAUGAUCCCCCUGGCAAGCUCUUGCAGCCUUUUGUUAAUGUUCUAUCUUUUCUCGUCAAUGUCCCACCUUGUCACUGCCUUCACAGCCAUUGCCUCAGCCUCUGCGCUCUUCUUUUGUUUCUCCCCAUAUGUUGCCUACAUCAAAUCCCAGUUCAAUUUAAUGGACCCAUUUGUCUCCAGAUGCUGCUCCAAGUCGUUUACACGUAGCCAGGGAAUACUAUUGUUGUUAUGUAUAGGAAUUGUGGUGGCUUGGCUCGUUUCUGGGCAUUGGGUGCUGAAUAAUUUACUGGGCAUUUCCAUAUGUAUAGCAUUUGUUAGCCAUGUACGGCUACCUAACAUUAAGAUCUGCACAUUGCUUCUUGUCUGCUUAUUUGUGUACGAUAUUUUCUGGGUCUUCUUCUCGGAGAGGUUUUUUGGAGCAAAUGUCAUGGUCUCCGUUGCAACGCAGAAGGCAUCUAAUCCAGUGCACACAGUGGCUAAUAGCUUGAGCCUUCCAGGUUUGCAACUGAUAACGAAGAAGUUAGAACUACCUGUUAAGCUGGUCUUUCCGAGAAAUUUGAUGGGUGGGCUGAUUCCUGGGAGCACUGCUGGGGAGUACAUGAUGCUGGGCCUUGGAGACAUGGCCAUUCCUGGAAUGCUUCUAGCUUUGGUCCUCUGUUUCGACCAUCAAAAGAAUAGAGAUACGGAAAUUUCAUUGGACACGUCUUCCUCAAAAGGGCAUAAAUAUAUAUGGUAUGGACUUUCUGGUUAUGCAGUUGGCCUGAUCACUGCAUUGGCUGCUGGGAUCUUGAGUCAGUCACCUCAACCUGCUCUUCUUUAUCUGGUCUUUUCAUACCACAUGAUACCGUCAUUUCAUGGGGGUGAGCCUUGGUGGAACAGGAAAGUUGCUCCAUUGAAAGCAGAAACUUGUCAUUCCCAAGGGAGUUUGCUCAACCUAUUCUCCAGUCUACCCCAUUGCUUUUCUCAGCCCCAAGGGAGUUUGCUCGACCCAUUCUCCGGUCUCCCCCACUGCUCAAGGGUGCGACUACAUAUGAGGAGUGUGGUAAUUCAAAUCUGGUCAAGCUGGUUGUUGAUUGCUAACACUUCUCCUCAGGGUCCUUGGAAGCCAGUUAGUUGAGCGGCACUGAGCUAAUCAUUUCCUUCGG